CACCUGGAGGCGUACUCCAACCUCGUCAGGAUCCUCUCGCAUCGCCCCUCUUCGGGCUCUUCGGCAGCCCCCCAUCGCGUCGUCCGCUCUUCGCACGUCUCUAGCAGGUGAACGGAAGGCGCGGGGAAGUCAGUUUCGCUGCAACAUGGCUCCGGUGAGUGAUUCCUGCGCGGAAAAAUCCGAGUGAUCGAGUGCGUUCCCGUCCUGUGCGAGCGUCGAAGUCUCCAUUUCCAGUGCGAUGUUGCACAACUAUAAGGCCAUGUAUCGGCCGAAUUUCUACGAGAGCACCUGUCUGCGGUGCAACGAGACCGUGUACCAAGUGGACCGAGUGGGACCUUUAAAGGACUUCACGUUCUUCCACAGUGGCUGCUUCAAGUGCGCGGUUUGUGGCACCAAGUUGACGCUCAAGACCUACUACAACAACCAGCACCGGCAGGAGGACAAGGAGGUCUACUGCAACAGCCACGUGCCCAAAAUCGGGCCCGGCCACCUGGACGGCUCCUCCGUCGGCAUCCGGUCGGCGCUCAACGUCCCCAAGUCCACCAAUUUCGUCAACGAGCAGAUCCGGGGGCCGGGCAGGGGCGUCUACGAACCGGAAAUCCUCCACGUCCGCACCCAUCUCAAUGGGGGCUAUCACCAGCAGGCCUCGCCGCCGGGGUACGGCAGCGAUCGCCAGUACAGCCCCACGAAUUAUCACAAUAACCACGGGGAUUCACCCGGGUACCAGUAUGGCAGGUUCGACGCCAGUGCGCUCCAUAUCGCCCAUGCGCUCAAACAGACGGAGCUGCAAAAGUCCUACAGGAUGAACAGGGAGAAGCCCAUUGACUGCUAUUUGGACCGCGAUGAGCAAAAACGCUUAGAAAUGAAACACCGGAAAGAAGAAGACGAUUUGUACAGAAAAUUCGCCCGGCAAAGGGAAGAAGAGGAACGGCGGAUUAGGGACGAAUUCCGGGACGAAUGGGAGAAAGAAUUGGAGAGGCUAACGAACCGAUUUGAAAGGGAAAUGCAAAUGAAACGGAAACGGGACGACCAGAAUGUCCUCACACUCAGGCACCAACAAGAGAAGGAGGACUUGGAGAAGAACAUGACGCUGAGGAGGGACAAGAAGAAGGAGUCUCUGACGAGGAAAAUGCUAGAACAUGAACGAGCGGCAACGGCAGCCCUCGUCGAGAAGCAAAGUCACGAAAUGCUCGAACUCAUCAACGAAAAACGUAGUGAAUACAUGCAAGCUGAGUCCCUCUACCUAGACAGUAACGACGGCUACGUCGAGGAGCAAGUCCAGCCGUACCCCAGUCAUGCCCCAGCUCCUGCCCCACCUGCCCUCAGCAAGUACCAAGUCUACAACGAUCCGGUCGAGUUCUCCAACGUUGACCAAAUCGCGAUUUCUGUCGCCCAAGAAGACCAAAAAACCUUUACCGACUUAGUCAGACAGUUGGUCGGUAGGUGUGGCUCGGAUAUCGAAAAAGCGCGAACAAUAUUCAGAUGGAUCACCGUGAAAAAUUUAAACACAAUGUCGUUUGAUGAUAAUUUAAGAGGGGACACUCCUAUGGGGCUAUUGCGGGGGAUCAAAAAUGGUACCGAGAGCUACCAUGUCUUGUUUAAAAGACUGUGCAGUUAUGCAGGUUUACAUUGUGUAGUCAUCAAGGGGUACUCUAAAUCGGCCGGGUACCAACCUGGAGUCAGGUUCGAGGAUAAUAGGUUCCGAAAUUCCUGGAACGCGGUUUAUGUGGCGGGGGCUUGGCGGUUUGUACAGUGCAACUGGGGGGCCCGACAUUUAGUCAAUGCGAAAGAGGCACCCAAAGCUGGAAAUAAAACCAAAUCGGAUAGUUUAAGGUACGAAUAUGACGACCAUUACUUCCUGACUGACCCUAAAGAAUUCAUUUACGAAUUCUUCCCGUUGCAACAAGAGUGGCAAUUGCUCAAAAACCCAAUCACGUUGCAAGAAUUCGAGGAAUUGCCUUUCGUCAGGUCUCUAUUUUUCCGGUACGGCUUGUACUUUUCUGACCCGAAUACGAAAGCUGUGAUGUACACGGAUUCAACAGGGGCCGCGACUGUGAGGAUCGCAAUGCCGGCCCACAUGCAGGGCAGUCUCAUUUUCCACUACAAUUUGAAAUUCUACGAUAGUGAUAGUGACAGUUUUGACGGGGUUUCACUGAAACGGUUCGUAAUGCAGAGCGUGGUGGGCAACAUGGUGGCCUUCCGGGUGCACGCCCCCUGCAGUGGGGCCUUCCUGCUCGACAUUUUCGCCAACGCCGUCACCCCCAAGGAGUACCUCACCGGCGAGCCCAUGAAGUUCAAGAGCGUGUGCAAGUUCAAGAUUUGCUGCGAGGACCUGCAGACGGUGAUGGUGCCCCUGCCCGACUGCGCCAGCGGCGAGUGGGGCCCCACGAAAGCCACAAGACUGUUCGGCCUCGUGCCCAUCACGCACCAGGACGCGCUGAUCUUCGCCGGCCGGGAGCUGGAGCUCCAGUUCCGGAUGUCGCGCCAGCUGACCGAUUUCAUGGCCACUUUGCACAAAAACGGCGUCGAGGAGAAGCGCCUCUCCAAGUUUGUCUCACACAACGUGUCUGACGAUAUAGUCACUUUUAGUAUUAGUUUCCCCGAGGAGGGGCAGUAUGGGCUGGACAUCUACACCAGGGAGAUGAUGUCCGCGCUGGACACCUCGGGGGAGAAGCACCUACUCACGCACUGUUGCAAAUAUCUGAUCAAUUCGUCGAAGAGAAAUUAAGCUAACACUUGCCGGAAUAAUUGUUACUAAACUUAUUUAAUUAAAAAGUGCAAUAAUGCAAUGGCUUUUGGCCCGGUUAUAUUUUUGUAAUAACAAUUUUAUCAAAUUACCAAUAUAUUUUAUAUGAUGAUAUUUUAUUAAUGUUAUGUAAUGUUUAAUUUUAUACUUUUCGAGAGCGCAGACCGACGAGCUAAAUUGCCAAGUUACCAAAAAGCGGUACUGAAACGCCGGGUCUGUUUUAAAAACGGCUUUAAAAUAAUUCAAUAAUGGUCGUUCAAAUAAUGUACUUACAGGACAAUUAAAUAAAAUAUUUAUUUUUA